CCUACUCUACAUGUUGCGUAAAUCAUGGGAUCCGAUAUAGACAUAUCAAAAGUGUAGAUCAAGAUACAAACACUUUUCACAACAUAUAUGGCCCGUGCCCCGUGCGCUAUCCCUGCCAGCGAUCUUCAGUAAGUUAGAAACCCACCAUAAUCCCGUGCUGUAGCCUGCCUAUCCGUAGCUCGGCAUUGAAGGGGGGACCUUCUGAGCUUCGAUAAACAAGCCACACGUGAAUAGUGACAUUAUCCUGUCAUGAGGUGAAGCACAUCCGAAUCCUUGGCCGAAUUGGCACCCGACACCCAAGAACCCCACCCGGUGGAAAAUAACACAACUUGUCGACAAAGAUGGACGCGCCGCCCGUCAAGCUCUCGGAGCUGCUGCGGCACCCGGACGACCUCGACAAGCUGCCCGCGCUGAAGCUGGAAUUCACGCGCAAGAAGGCCGCCGUCGACUCGCAGCUGCGCGGUGGCCUGCGCGACCAGCUCGAGACGACGCAGGCCGGCAUGAGCGGGCUAACGGACGGCCAGAAGGCGGUCCAGCUCAUCAAGGACGAGAUGAUGAAGAUCGACCGCCUAUGCUCCGAGAGCCAGAACAUGAUCAAGGACUUCAACGCCAUCAACCUCGUCUCCCAGGCCCACCGAAACUUCGGUGCCGUCGAGGCCAUGCGCAAGAACCUCGAGGUGUUCAACGAGCGCCUCAACGGCGUCGAGCAGAUGCUUCGCGGCGACGAGGAGGACAAGGAGAAUAUGCCCAACCUCUUGGCUACCCACUACGAGCUGACCCAACUGAGAAAUAUACGCGAUGAUGCCAUGGAGCAGAUACAAAGGGCCGAUGAUGCGAGUCUCUUGUCUACGCUGGAGGAUUACUUCUCGAGGCUGGACGAGGCCAUCGAUUGGUUCGAUGAACAUAUCGGACUCAUCGCACUGAACCAGAUUAACCUUCUCAUCACGGAUAACAACAGUCUUGUGGUGCGGUUAGCAAUCAUUGUCGAGGCGGAGGAAAAGAGCGAUCAGAGAGUCGAGGCUCUGCAAGAGGCCUUGAAGGAUCAUAAGGAAAUGGCAACUAGGUUUCAAGCCAUCACCGAAGGCGCCAAAAAGGUGCGCGGCUACAAGGAGAAGUUCCUCCAGGCUAUCAGCCUCAGCUGCGACCAGCAGUUCGGCGAGGUCAGGGACGAGUUCUUGGGCGACCCGGACGGACUAAGCAAGAUUAUGAAGUGGUAUUUUAACGACCUGAAUGCCGUGAAACAGGGAAUGGUGCCCCUAAUGCCGAAGAAAUGGAGGAUUCUAAAGACAUACGGUGAUAUAUACCAUCAAUUGAUGCACGACUUUCUGGUGGGAAUGAUAGAAGACCCUGAAGCAAGUUCGGCGCAUACACUGGCUAUCAUCAAUUGGCCAGAGAGUUACUACAAGAAGAUGAAGAAGCUCGGGUUCCCCGAGAACGAGCUCAAGCCACAUGUUAUUGAUAAUCGGGAAGGUGAAUUAGUAAAGGGCUUCCGCGACCUCAUCAUCAAGUUUCUGGACGAAUGGAUCGACAGAAUUUUCGCACAAGAAGGCAGGGAUUUCGCUGACCGCAGCGUCGAGACCCCGAAUCUGGAUGCUGACGAGUACGGCUACUUCCGUACCAAGAACUUGGUGGAUAUGUGGCGCAUGUUACGAGAACAAGUCGACGCAGCUGGAAACUCUGGCAGAACAGACGUCGCAGAGGGUGUAAUCGAUGCCAUGUUCCUGCGGCUACGCGGCCGGCAACAGUCCUUCCAGAAGAUGCUCGAGGACGAAGUACUGAAAUAUGAGUCUGGCAAGGUGCCAGAGUUUGAGGGCAUGCAGACCUUGCAGGACUGGCUGGUUGCUACAGCCAAUGACCAGAUUGCCUGUGUGGAUGAUAUUGAAGAGGAACAACGCUUUGGCUACCUCACAAGCUUCAAGCAGAAGUUCGAGCCACUUGUCACGCCAGCGUAUCUUGAGCGCGCAGAAGGAGAUUUCGAGCAGCUUCAAGGCAAUUACUUUGAUCUCAGCACAUGGUGUCUUAACAAGUUCGUGAGGCUAAUCUUCUCCGUCGAUUUCAAGGCCGCCAUGCCUACCUUUUUUACAGCGGAAUGGUACAACAAGGCGACUAUGAAACAACUGAUCGCCACUUUUGAAGAAUACCUGGGCGACUACAGGCCGGUAUUACACCAUGCCCUCGGCGACACUUUUGUUGAGAUCUUCGCCGACGAGCUUCUUGCCCGAUAUCUAAUGGGUGUCCGCAACAAGGGCGUCAAGUUCCGACGAACCGACCCGUUCCAGGACAAGGUCUUCGACGACAUCAAGACGGCUUUCGAGUUCUUCAGAAAUGCCACCGGCGGAGGCGAGACUAUCAUGCAGACGUGGCGCGUCACCGAGCCGUUCCUUGAUCUGCUGACGGCAGAGAAGGAUGCAGUUCCGGACGUCUUUGAGAAUUUCAAGACCAGGUAUUGGGAUCUGCAGAUCAGCUGGGUGGAAGCUGUGCUGAGAUCAAGAGAUGAUUUCGAAAGGAGUAUGCUCAACGCCGUAAAGGCCAGGGCGGCGCAGAUCGAGGUCACGAGGGGUCCGGAGACAAUUAUGGCCAAAGUCAAAUAGCAUGCCCCAGGGUGAUAAUUAUGAAUUAAUGAUAUUGAUGCAAGGGAUUUUGAUCAAUUUAGGACUUUCUUAUUCGGUCAACCAUGACUUCCUCGCGUUUGACUGAAAACGAACUCUUAUUAUCUUCUUAACUAUUAUAUGUUUGUAACUAGG